AUGUGGGUGGUGGUAGUGGUGGUGGUGGUGGUGGUGGUGGUGGUGGUUCUUCUGGGAACGCGGAGCUGCCUCCGCUCGCCACCCCUGCCCAUGUGGGCUUUCGGUACCGACCCUGGGUUUUUAGUGACAUCUCGAAGCAAUAGCGAUAUCGAGCACACCGACGAAGCAAGGAGAGCGGCGCACACGAGCAAAGGGACUGCUGAUAAAUGGUGUUCCGUGCGCAGCUCCAAGUGGUCCGGCUCAGCUACCAGCCGGAUCCGACUGCUACAACCUACUCUACUUCCAGGGAGCAACGCUGUAACGGCGGCCAUGACAGAGUAA